AUCUAACCCCAGUGUGAACUUUAUUGAACACAUUAAUGUGCUUAUCAUUCCCAGUUUGAUUAUGGAUAACGAUUUUGAAUUGAAAUAGUUGAUAUAAUUGUGUGGAAAUACUUUAUUACAUGUUUAGUGAGGUCGUACACAUGCCAUAACACUGCUAAACAAGAUGACAGGAACAUGUUUGGCUUAUCUAAUGGCCUUUAUAUCGUCUGCGUACGGAGCUUGUGCCUUAUUCGGCAAUUCUUAUACAUAUCGGAUCAAAGAAAUUGAUUUAAAUGGCACACAAAUAGCCAACGGUACCAAAGCUCAAAAUGAACGUGUUAGUCUGGAUAUUGUACAUGGGACGGUGAAUCCUACAUACACGGCAGAGCUAUUGACAUUCUUUCGAAUAGUUACAACACCAUCUAGUUUUAUCAUUUAUAUCAAUAGAAGUUUAGAUUUAGAGCAUUUUUACGAGAAGUUCAAUAAAGAACUGUCGUUUGUACAGCUAUCAUUGUCUUGUGGAUUUAAAACGAAGCUAUCACUGAACUUAUCUAUAGAGCCAGUGAAUGAGUUUCCGCCAGAUCUGGGAGGACCGUACCACGCAUGCCUACGUAUGGACACUCCAGCGUUUGCAUAUGUAUUUAACCUGUCUAUAAACGUCUGCGAUAAAGAUGUUGGCGGGACCACCCAUCUAGUGUAUCAGGUUCAACAGUUCCAAAGAGGCACAGGCAAUGGCGAGAAUUAUUUGGAAUUUGCAUCGCCCUUGGAGGGCAUUAUUCAAAGAAACAACGUCACUUUGAAAUAUUCGGAUUACGUCAAUCUACCAUUACACUUGCUUUAUUUGAAUAUGACUGUCCAGGAUGGCGCCUUUGAAACGUGGACGAUCCUCGUGGUGGAUGUGAUUGAAGAAUCAAGCUCGAGAGGUGAUGUCGACUGUAGCGCUCAAAGAUAUACGGCAACCAUUAUGGAAACAGAUACAAAUGUGGAUGUACAUGUUCAACCAAAACUACAACCAUGUGAUCCACACAAUUCUAUAAAACAUUGUGUAUACUCGAUUACUUCAGGAAACGCAAUCAAUAUGUUUGCGAUUGACAAUGCAACUGGAGAAUUAACAUUACUGAAGUCAGUAAUGGAAGUGGGUUUAACAGAGGCAUUUCUGACGCUCCAACUUCAGGUUUCAAAGAUAAUAAAUUGUUCUGAAGAAACCGUACUUGCCUAUGUCGCUGUUUUAACUGUAAAUAUAAACAGGUCGAGAGAUCAAACACACACGACAGAUUCAGGAGUAUUAUCAAUCAUUAUCAUUUUUGGCGUUGCGCUUGUGGCUUUUAUUGGGGCUCUGAGUUUUGCAAACAUUGUCGUCUGCGUAAAGGACAAACUGAAGUUUGUUCAUACGGCAGAAAAAUGAUAUACAGUCAUACACGAUAUGGCAAAAUUAUUGUACCAUUAAGUUAUUUUUUCUGCAUUGUAUGAUAAAAAUAUUAGCUGAUGAAAAGCAAUGCCAUUUUAAAUGUUUAACAUGCUGGUCAAUUCAAUGUCGUUAUAUGCAUGCAUUUUAAUGGUUCUAGGAGCAGUGUGAGUUUUCUUUAGGGUGUUGUUUUCAUUCCAUGGAGUAAACCAUAUGCCUAUAUGCAAUUAGUCAAUGUUGAUGUUUACUCGUACGUAUUCCGGUGUUUUUACGACAAUUUAAUGUCAAUUAUUUAAUUUAUUUUAUGGUUUGUAAACGUGCCUAUAAGCAGUAUCGGUACCGUGUACUACAUGUUUUGUUGUAGUAAAUUUUUAAUUGUGUUUGUAUUUUGCUGAUGUCAUGUAGGCAAUACAUUUAUGUCAAAAGACUUUGAUAAAAUAUAGAAUGAAACUGAUCAAAAUCCUCUUUUGUUAUACGAA